AUUUCACUUCCUUCAAUACGAGGACAAAUCAAAUUUAUUUAAAAAGUAGGUAAAUUUUAAUGUCUAGGUUCCCAGAAUCAUAGCAAAAAGAGCUGAAUUCCCCUUAAAGACUUUCACAAAUAUAAAAUCUACAAAAAAAAACAAUUAAAAUAUAGUGUGAUAAGUCAGUUGUGAAGUUGUGGAAAAUCGACGAAUGUACAAAAAACCUUAUUAGAAAAAAGGAAUCCAGUAGAAGUGAAACGAAGACGUUUGUUAUUUUGUGGCAUAAAGUAAAAUUGAAUCAAUAUUGCUUUCUGUCGAAUACGUGAUAUUAAAAUAGUAAAUUUUGUUUACAUAAUCCUUGCAACCAUCGAAUUGGUCAAGCUAAAUCCUAGUGACGUCAUCACAUAUAUUUUCGCCACGCCUUGAAAUGAGUGGCAAAGUUCGUUUAAAGGAAAAUGGGUAUCUMGAUGAAGACCCAAUGACACUGCAAGAUAUCAUUUAUAAAUAUAUAUGUGAAAACCUAGAUGUAAUAAGUUCACCCAACGUGUGUGGCACCCUACGUCAACUAAAUGAGGGAAUCGUUCUUCCAAAUGACAUUUGCGAUCGACUGUUAAAAGCAUGUCAACGUUUUCGUCGCCAAUUGGGUGAUGAUGUGAUAAAUAUUUUUCAGGAUAGGACACGAACCUCGUUAAAAAUUGUGCACUUGAGAAAUAGUACUGUGACUAAUACAGGUUUGGAGAUGAUUAUGCGCCACAAGUUGUAUUCCCUUACGCUAUGGUACUGCAAUCAAAUAAAUGUGCAAUCGGCCCAGCUGCUAACGUUAUACGGUGAAGGGCUUCGCUCAUUAGAACUCGGUAUUAAUGCGCACAUGCUGCAAAACUCUGAGCCAAUUGAGAAAGAGCCCGUAGAUUUUGAGUUCAAUUGCCCGCAUCUUCGCCGAUUAGUUUUAAAUGGUGUAGUGCUGCAUAAUGGCUUGCAACUCAAUUGCCUGUUUGAACUGACCCAUCUCGAUUUGACAUCCUGCGUAUUAGUGGGUUUCAGUUUGGAAGUGCUAGCAAGCCUGCCACUGCUGCAUACCUUAAUCUUAUUUAAUGUGUGGCCAAUCGCUAAUCAAUUACAAGCAAUUUGCUUGUUGCGCCGAUUGCGUACAUUGGACAUUUCAAUUAGUAAUUCUGGCAAUGGACAUGGAACCUACGAUUUGCCCGACCAAACGUUGGAAAUGAUAAUGAAUAACUUACGAGAACUUACGCACUUAGAUAUUUCGGGUACAAAUCUAGCUGGUAAUGGGGUGGCAACAAAAGAGUCAAAUUUUAAAUUGCGCACCGACAUACCGGGGCUGGAAUCGCGWAUACAGCGGCCAUUACAGUUUUUGGGUCUCUAUCAUACGGCGCAUUCGGCUUGUAAGCGACACGAUAUACCGGCGAAUGAGAUUGCGGGCGACGCCGAUGAACAUCAAAUACUUACUGCGGCAAAGUAUUACUACGACAGACCAAUGCUUCUAACGAGAGUUUUAAAUGACCUCUACCACCUUUUUCGAUUUGAAAUCUGUAAGGAUAUACAUCUGGCAUUGGAUGCAGUGCUUACAGCUAUGGAUAGACAUUUGAAAUUCAAGCAUAUGCAAAUUUCGGGAAGUGCUACGCUGUUUUACAUAGUUAAAGGUAGCGAGCGCUCAAAAUUCGGCACUUCCUUGCGUCAUCACAUUAUUCGUACCAUACUCAACGGAAUGGAGACGCAUCUUACUGAUGAUACGAUGCUUCGAAAUGGCUAUCUCACGUUAACRCAAUUCCAGAUGCCAAAUGAUGUCCUGUUCGUGUAUGAGCGUCUCAUAAAGGUCUUACUGCAUGGUGUCUCAAAGACUGAGCAAGAAGGCUUUGUGCAGAGGAUAGCAAUAUAUUUAUUGAACACUUUAGCGUGUCAGGUGGAUGGCAAGCAAAAACUGUUCCUAGGCGAGCUGGGUGUCGUUAGUACAAUGUUAAACUUAAUUAAGGAUCGUUUAACGCGGUCGGUAUUCGAUGAUGUCAUGGAAGUGGCAUGGUCAACAAUGUGGAAUGUAACCGAUGAGACUGCAAUAAAUUGUAGAAGAUUUUUAGAGGGACGCGGAAUGGAGUAUUUCUUGAAAUGCCUGCGUACCUUCCCCGAUCGUGAUGAAUUAUUGAGGAAUAUGAUGGGCCUCUUGGGUAAUGUCGCGGAAGUUAAAUCGUUGCGACCAAAACUCAUGACACAAGAAUUUAUAGAAGUCUUUCGCAAUUUAUUAGUAUCGGCAAGCGAUGGUAUCGAAGUAAGUUACAACGCGGCGGGUGUGCUGGCGCACAUCGCUUCAGAUGGACCUGAGGCAUGGACAAUACCAUCGCCAAGUCGGGAUAGCGUGCUCAUACACUUAGUGGAAGCUAUUCGACGUUGGGAUAUAAAAAGUGAAAGGAACAUUAAUUAUCGUAGCUUUGAGCCGAUUUUGGGAUUGGUACGCUGCUAUGAGACGCCUCAGUGCCAACAUUGGGCUGUUUGGGCUCUAGCCAAUUUGACGCAGGUUUACCCAGAAAAAUAUUGCCAGCUGGUGAAAGAGGAACACGGUAUUGAAAUAUUGACUGAAUUGAUUCAAGAUCCACGACCAUACGAGGAUAUAAAAUUAAUUGCGCGCAAAGUAAUUGAAAAGUGUACACAUUGGCCAAAUUGGUUGCUAGACGGUUAAAAUCGAGACAGUUAUGUAAAUGAAUGAAAAAUCAAAAUUGGUGAGAGUUGUGUAGAGCACAUCACCGAAUAACAAGUGAGCUAAGCUAACUAAUUAGAGCUAACGGAAGCGAUCGGCGCUCGCAUAGGCAUACACGAGCGAGUAUAGGAAUUUGUGUAAAUUUGUCCUCUACUUCCUCUUAAGAAAUGUUUAUUUUUAAAUGGUAUACUCUUUAUUUAAAUUAUACACAAACGAUUAUAUUACAUUAUUAUUAAACAAUGUAAAAUUAUUAAGGUAAGACCGAAGUCGCGAUAAGAAAUUCAUGGGUUAAGUAAGCUAAAUAAUAAUAAUAAUAAAAAAGAAAACAGUGAAUUUGCGGCAAAGCAAUGUACGGAGACAUGAGACUUCAUCGUUCCAAUGUCUACGUCACAUGUAUAUAGGUUAUGUUUGCUCGAACUAAGCUAUUUAAUAAUCAAUUAGAGAAACUACACAAAUAGCAUUGCUUAUCGGAGCUGUUCGCAACUGUGGCGUUUUUUUCAUUAUAAACUCAAAGAGAUUAACCGCUCAUUUAAAGCAAUGAGUAAUCGCAAAAAAAUAUACAUAUAUAAAAAAUGUAUAAUAAAACUCUACCCUAGGUGGUGUUCUUAGCAUUAAUAUAUAUACAUAUGUAUUCAAACAUUUAUCAUUCAUUACAUAGGUCAUGUAUAAAACAUACAAACAUAAAGUUUAUUGCAGAUUCGCUCACCAUUGCAUAACAUAACAUAAUAUACAAUGUAAAUCCAUUAUGAAAUUCAGCUUGUUUUCAUGCCAAUCACAAUUGUAAAUAUUCCGUAUAAAGAAGCCGUUAUAGAGUUUUAUUAUUGUUUUUACUAAAAUACUUUACGAUUGUUCUUUCAAAAGUUGAGCCGUGCGGAAAUAGUGAAAAGAGUGCAAGAGUUAGGUGACAUGCCAAGCUCUUUAAAUUUUAUAAUGCUUUACUUUUCUAAUCCAAACGUUUAUACACACACACACAUAU